AUGGCUGACCCCUCAAUCAUGGAAAAGAGCUGGGACGAGCUCCCCGAUCCCAAGCGAGUCUGGGUUGGCAAACCCGGCAGCCGCGAGGAAGGCCUCGGUCGUCUUGUCCUCCUCACCCCGGAAAGGGUCAAGGACGCGGCCCAGACUCAGAUACAGACGGGCAAGAGGGUCAACCUGGGCUGGGACCUCACCAAGCUUGAGUAUGCCUGCUUUGGCCGUCAGCCGUGUGAGAUGAGGAUCGUUCCUCUCCUUGAAGGCACAGCUUUUGAUGAUAUCUACACCAUGAAUCCCCAGCAAAGCAGCCAGUGGGAUGGACUCAGACAUUUCUCCCAGCCAAAGGAGGAGGGCAGCUCCGAGCGUGUCUUUUACGGAGGAACAACCAGGGAAGAGAUUCUUGACCGAUCCAAUGACCGUAUCGGAAUUCACCACUGGGCCCGAGAAGGCAUAACAGGCCGUGGUGUCCUCAUCGACUACGUCUCUUGGGCGGAGAAGAAGGGCAUAGAGUACACCACCUUCUCACUGCACGAGGUCAAGCUCAGCGACAUCCUCGAGAUUGCCAAGGAGUGCAACAUUACCUUCAAGAGGGGCGAUGUCCUGCUGGUGCGCGUCGGUGUCACAAAGGAGUGGGAGACCGAGAUGGAGAUCGAUGCCAAGAAGGCCUACGCCGCCACCGAGAGCCCCCGGCAUGCCGGUGUGGAAGGAAACCUGACCGUUCUCAAGUGGCUCUGGGACACGGGUUUCUCUGCAGUUGCCGGUGACGCCAUCAGUUGGGAGGUCGGUCCUCCUAUGCUUCCCUGUUUUGCUUUUGCUUUUUCCUUCAUCCUUCUCCAAUUAUCUUUCCUGGUUCCUUCUCCCUCUCUCGGCCAAACAGAUCAAGGACUAAAUAUUGAAUCCCCCAAACAGGUUUUCCCGCCUUCGCCCGAUGGAAUCCUCAUGCACGAAUACAUCCUCGCCGGUUGGGGGAUGCCUAUCGGCGAGAUGUGGGACCUAGAGAGGCUGGCCGAGACGUGCAAGGAGUUGAACAGGUGGACGUUCUUCAUCUCAUCGACGCCCUUCAACAUGCCCGGCGGGAUCUCGUCACCUCCCAACGCGCAGGCAAUCUUCUAA